UUGCCUUUUAUUUUGCCUUCUGCCACUAGCGUUCAGGGAUUUUAACGUUUUACCUACAGUGUUGUGUCUUAACUGGCUCUGUGGCCAUAGAAGCCACUGUCUUUGUAGCAUCAAGUGGGUCAAUUGUUUCGUGCUUGGAAUUCUGCUGGCCCAAAAGGGUCUUCUUUCUUAUUACAGAUGAAUAAACAGAGAGCUAGUGAACUUCUGAUAGGGUCUUAUUUAUGUUACUCAAAUGUUUACAUAAUAACUUGUGCCAAAAAUAUAGUGCUCAUGCUUUUCAGUUGUCACCCAGAAAUGUCCUGUGGCUUCUAGUUGUGUGCCUGAGAUCAGAGAAUGAAAGACCAUGCCUUGAAUUCUCUCAUCUAAGUAUAAAGGAUUCCUUCAGAGAUUUAUUUAUUCCAAGAAUAGAGAUAAUUCUGAUGAUGUAUACAAGGAACAACCUAAAUUGUGCUAAGCCACUGUUUGAACACAAUAACUCACUUAAUGUUAAUUUCAACACACAAAAGAAAACAGUCUGGCUUAUUCAUGGAUACAGACCAAUGGGCUCCAUCCCAUCAUGGCUUCAGAACUUCGUAAGCAUUUUGCUGAAUGAAGAAGAUAUGAAUGUAAUUGUAGUUGACUGGAACCGAGGUGCUACAACUUUUAUUUAUGAUAGAGCGGUUAAAAACACCAGAAAAGUUGCUGUGAGUUUGAGUGGGCACAUUAAAAAUCUUUUGAAGCAUGGUGCAUCUCUUGACAAUUUUCAUUUCAUAGGUAUGAGCCUAGGGGCUCAUAUCAGUGGAUUUGUUGGAAAGAUAUUUAAUGGUCAACUUGGAAGAAUAACAGGUCUUGACCCUGCUGGGCCAAAGUUCUCCAGAAAACCACCAUAUAGAAGACUGGAUUACAAUGAUGCAAAGUUUGUGGAUGUCAUCCAUUCUAACUCCAAUGGUUUAGGCAUUCGAGAGCCCUUGGGACAUAUAGAUUUUUAUCCAAAUGGAGGAAGGAAACAACCUGGCUGUCCUAAAUCAAUUUUCUCAGGAAUUAAAUUCAUUAAAUGCAACCACGAGAGAGCAGUUCACUUGUUCAUGGCAUCUUUGGAAACAAACUGCAAUUUUAUUUCAUUUCCUUGUCAUUCAUACAAAGAUUACAAGACUAGCUUAUGUGUGGACUGUGACAGUUUUAAGGAAAAAUCAUGUCCUUGGCUGGGUUAUCAAGCCAAGCUAUUUAAAGAUGUUUUGAAAGAAAGGAUAAAAGGAGGACCUGUUAGGACCACUGUGUUUUUGGAUACUAGUGGCAUAUAUCCAUUCUGUACCUAUUAUUUCAUUCUCAGUAUAACUCUUCCGGAUAAAACUGUGAUGGAUGGCUUUUUUUCAUUUAAAUUAUUAAACCAGCUUGGAAUGAUUGAAGAGGCAAGGUUUUAUAAAAAGAACAAACCACUUUGUAAACUUCAAGAAAUCAAGAUUCUUGCUCAAUUUUACAAUGACUUUGCAAAUAUUUCAAGCAUUGGUUUGACGUAUUUCCAGAGCUCAAAUAUGGAGUGUUCCACAUGCACAUACAAGAUCCAGAGUCUCAUGUUAAAAUCACUUACAUAUCCAGAAAGACCACCUCUUUGCAGGUAUAAUAUUGUACUUAAAGAAAGAGAGGAAGUGUUUCUUUAUCCAAACGCGUGUACACCAAAGAAAACAUAAGAUGCCUUCUUCUAUCAAAUGCACUUGUUUAUGAAUUAACGGACUUGUAAACAAAACAAUGCAAUCAGUCUUUCUUUAAUAAUGCACUGUUCAAUUUGAGAUUCAGGUAUUUCUAUUUCUUAAAAAAAAAUUGAGAAUCAAAAAUAAAGAAAAUAAAAAAUGCAUACAGUUAAGCAUUCCAAAUACAUUCUGAAAGUUGUUUUUUUCUGUCUACUUUUUCUGCUUCCUCAUUUAAUACUUAUCAUUGACUAUUUACUAAUAAUGAAUAAAUGUCUUUUGAAAAAUAGGCAAGUUUAGUGAAUACUUCACUGUUUUAAACAGAAAAUUUAUUUUACUACUAAGGUAAAUAAUGAACACAUUAUUUUAUUUGUAAAUUUUCAUUUGGAGAAAUCACUUGCAUUAAUGUGAACCUAGUAAACAUAUACACUUAUAUAAUCAUCUACUUGGCAUCAUUUUUAGUCAUUUGUAAAUAAUGGCUUUGUUUCUAUGGAGUACAAUAAAUAACCUAUGGGUGAAA